ACAUUGUGAUCGAUGAGGAGGGCCUGGUGUGUGAGGGGUGUGCUGGGAUUCCUGGGUCCCUUAUGUAAUUCAAACCCUGAGGUGGAAAGGAGGGAGGAAGUUUUGGAUUUUACACAGAGUUGGGUGAACACCACUCUGUCUGGGCUGCUUUAAGAGCAGAGGUCAGGGCCAGGAACACUGGCUCAAGCCUGUAAUCCCAAGACUUUGGGAGGCCAAGGGGGAAGGAUUGCUUGAACCCUGGAGUUAGAGGCAAACCUGGGCGACAUAGCUAGACCCCUCUCUACAAAACUUUAUUUCUUUUUUGACACGGAGUCUUGCUCUGUCGCCCAGGCUGGAGUGCAGUGGCUUGAUCUUGGCUCACUGCAGCCUCUGCCUCCCGGGUUCAAGUGAUUCUCCUUCCUCAGCCUCCUGGGCAGCUGGGACCACAAGUGCCUGCCACCACGCCCGGCUAAUUUUUGUAUUUUUAUUAGAGAUGGAGUUUCGCCAUGUUGCCCAGGCUGGUCUCGAACUCCUGACCUCAAGUGAUCCACCCACCUCAACCUCCCAAAGUGCUGGGAUUACAUGCGUGAGCCACCGCGCCCGGCCUCUACAAAACUCAAAAAAAAAAAAAAAAAAAAAGGCCGGUUGCAGUGGCUUACGCCUGUAAUUCCAGCACUUCGGGAGGCCGAGGCAGGUGGAUCGCUUGAACCCAGGAGUUGGAAACCAGGCUGGGCAACAUGAGGAAACCUUGUCUCUACAAAAUAAUUAAAAACAAAUCAGCCAGGCGUGGUGGUCUGCGCCUGUGGUCCCAGCUACUAGGUAUAAGCCACCAAGCCUGACUGAUUUUUAAAAAUUUAGCUGGGAGGCUGAGGCGGGAGGAUCUCUUGAGCCCAGAAGGUCGAGACUGCAGUGAGCCGCAAUGGCGCCACUGCAGUCCAGCCUGAACGAUAGAGCGAAAUCGGCCUCAAAAACAAACCAACAAAACACCAGCAGAGGACAACUGAGGGAGGAAAAGGAAAAAGACACCGAAGUUGUUUUUAUGUCGCCGCAACAGUGACAUCCGCCGCCAGCUUGUCUUGACCGCGGAGAUCCCGAAUGCAAUUUACAGCUCCAGGGGGCGUUCCUAGAACCCCGACAGGUUACCCGGGGGGCGGGGCCGGCGGAGCGGGCGGGCCCCGGGGCUUGUUCGGCGUCCUCCUGCGCCAAUGGGAGCACCCAGGCCCCUGCGCGGGAAGAUGCCGAUUGGUCAGUGCCGCCGGACGCUGCGGGGAGCUCGUGCGCGCGGCGCUUCUGGGGCGGAGCCUGCCACCGGCUGCCGGGGACGCGCCGUGGCGACACUUUCAUGGAGGCGGUGAAGGCGGAAGCGUGGGAGGGGGCCGCGGUGGCCCAGGACCUGCUGGCUCUGGGGUAAAAGGUUGUGCGGUGAGGCUGGUGGGUGCAGGAAGGCCAGGUCUGCCUCCUGGACGCAGACAGAAAGGGAUUCUCAGUGACAUCCCCGCCCCCUCCCGCUGCUUCGGUCACCACAGGUAUGGAGGUGUCCCGGGGGCGGCGUCGCGGGGCGCCUCAUGCCCAGACUUCAGGGGGCUGUGCGUGCGGCUGGCGGCGGAGCUGGCGACGCUGGGCGCCCUCGAGCAGCAGCGAGAGGCGGGCGCGGAGGUGCUGAGCGCCGGCGACGGCCCUGGCGCGGAGGAGGACUUUCUGCUGCAGCUUGGCAGCCUGCUGCGGGAGCUGCACUGCCCGGAUCGCGCGCUCUGCGGCGGGGAUGGCGCGGCUGCGCUUCGGGAACCCGGUGCCGGACUGCGCCUGUUGCGCUUUCUCUGCUCAGAGCUCCAAGCCACCCGCCUCCUGUGUCUGCGCCCUCUGCUGGAUCCCAGUCCUAGGCCACCCCUUGGUGAAGGGGUGGUGGAGGGAGCUGGCAUGGUCCAAGAACUGUACCUUACCCUCCAAGCUCUGGGACUGCCCAGACCUGCACCAGGGACCCCCGCCAGCCAGCUGCUGCAGGAGUUGCAUGCUAAGAUCUCAGAGCUGCAGCCUUCUCUGCCCCCAGGGUCCCUGCAGCCCCUCCUCAGCUACUCGCUAGAUGCACCCAGAUGGGAAACGUUGGAGUCUCUGUCCCAAAGCCUCAGAGAUCAGUACCGCUGCCGCCGCUGCCUCCUCCUCAAGCGCCUUGACCUCACUACAUCUGCUUUCCACUGGAGUGACCGGGCAGAGGCGCAAGGAGAGGCCAUGAGGGCAGUGCUGAUCCCAAUUCGAGAGGUUCUGACCCCAGAAUCGGACAUCUCCAUUGCACACGUCCUGGCUGCCCGAGCUGACCUGUCUCGUCUCGUCCCAGCCACCAGCGUGGCUGUCCGCAGAGGGACCUGCUGUGCCAUCAACAAGGUGCUUAUGGGCAACGUUCCAGACCGGGGGGGCCGCCCAAAUGAGCUGGAGCCUCCCAUGCCCACCUGGAGGAGCCGAAGAGAGGAUGGAGGCCCCCAGUGUUGGGGCCGCAAGAAGAAGAAGAAGAAGAAGUAAAGAGGGACUGGUGGUCGGGGGCGGGGGGUCCUCCAUGAGAUGCUAAUGCCAUCGGUAAUCUCUGGGAGUCCUUUUAAGGCUUUCCUUGGUAUUUGGCACCCAAGCCCCCCAUCUCCUAUUCUUGAGGCCCCAAAUGCCCUACUCCCAUUCACCAGUCAAUACCAAGAACCAUGUUUUCCAGAGAAUAAAUUUAAUUUAUGACA